UUGCCUCUCCUGCGUUUCUACUUACCUUUUCAGAGAUUUCGUUUAAAAUUAAUCCAAUAAUCUAAUAAACCUUUUUCAGCCAGCAGUUUGAAAUUUACAUAGGUUUUCGACUCUUCUCAGAUAUUUUAUCUCAAGACGGCCAAAAAAUCAGAAGAAAGAAGAAUAGAGGAGGAGGAGAUGGGUUUGCUAUUCUGGAGAAAAAAUAAAAACCCAACAGAAGAGAAACCAAAAACGGGAGAAGAUCAUAAGGAUACUGAAUCUUCAUCUUUAUACAAUGGUGCUGCAAUGGAAGUCCCAAGGCCUCAAGACGCAGCGGUAUUUGAAUUUGGAACAAUUUCAGCAUCCUCAGAGAAGGUAACGCUAGCUGGGUAUUGUCCUGUCUCCGAUGAUAUAGAGCCCUGUAGGUGGCAAAUCCUUUCUACAGGGGAUCCCAAGGCCCCAAAGUUUCGGGUUGUUUUCUAAGACUUUGAGUUGUUAGAUUCUUUUCUGUCUAUGUCAAACGAAUGAUGUUAGUCACACUGUAAUGGUUUAGUGGACUUCUGUAAUGCUUUUAUGGGUAGUUUUUCAUUUUUAUAAUGAACUUUUAGGAUAGUUUUGUAAUGAAAUUAAGCUUUUUUGUUCCUUUACAGUAGAACACUGAGCAAGGAUCCUAAAUUAACGAAAAUCUAAUUAAUAGUGGAGUUGAACGUA